AUGGGCCCCCGUACCGACUCCUCAUGCUGCUGCCAGGCCCGUAAUCUGUCAUGGGCCCCUGUACCGCCUCCUCAUGCUGCUGCCAGGCCCAUAAUCUGCCAUGGGGGCCCCCGUACCGACUCCUCAUGCUGCUGCCAGGCCCAUAAUCUGUCAUGGGCCCCUGUACCGCCUCCUCAUGCUGCUGCCAGGUCCUGAGUGUGUCAUGGGUCCCUGUACGGCCUCCCAUUUCUGCUGUCUCCAUCGCCACACUCUGCCAUGUGCCACUUUCAGGUCUCCUCACACUGCUGGUGGGUUCCAUUUUGUCAUAGGGUGCUGGCAGAUUUUGGGCCUCCCAUUGCUGCUGCCAGGCCCGUAAUCUGCCAUGGGCCCCCGUACCGACUCCUCAUGCUGCUGCCA